UUUAAAUAUUAUUAAAAUACAUAACUUAUUACUUAAGGAUAACAAUCUUUUAUGUUAUUAAAAAUUAUAAUCACAUUAAAAUUAUAAGUAAUAAUAAAAUGCAUGUUUGAAAUUUAUGACUUAUUAAUUAUCGACUUACAAUAUAGGACCUAGGUGGACUUAAAGUAUACCGCGUAAGGGGAUAUAGCAAAAACAUACGCAAACGACAGAGCAUAAGCUUAUCAUCGUCAAACAACUACUAAAUUACAUUUAACGGUGACAUAAACGUAUUAUUUGCUCGUAACAAUCAUCAUCUCCUAAAAGUUGAAAUGCCUUUUAAUUAGAACAACUAAGGGAAACAGCCCGACAUUCACCAUUCGCUAUAAGGUAACGUGUGUGUGUGUUACAAUGGGACUUGAAAAAAGAACAAUCAACAUUAUUAUUAGUGUUUUGGUUAUUUCAGUUAUAAUCGGAUGCUCACUCGGACUACUAUUUGCGUUCUUGUUUUAUCAGGCACCUUACAUUGAGCUGGAAGCAUGGCCACGUCUAGCUGAUGAUGAUCAGCGACUCAUCCAUUUUAAAACUGCUGAGCCAGGGACCUGGCACCGCUGGGUCCAUCAAAUAAACGAAUUUCUCAAUGCAUACGAGACCCCAUCUCCCGAGGAUCCACCCCACGCACCGUGCUCCACUCACCCUUACCACGAAGAAUCGGGACGGUCUGAAUCCUGUGCCCACGCUAUGCGGUACUGGCAUCCUUGUACCAUCGAUACCCUAUAUGAAUACGUCAGGGGUACACCUUGUGUGUUCCUUAGACUAGCCCAUAUUGAACAAUGGACACCUCAGCCGUACAAUACUUCGGUGGACUUGCCUAUCCCAAAUGAAAUGCCGGACCACUUGAAGAAGGGCUUGUUUUCCUUGCAGAAUCAUCCAUCUGCGAAACUCGAAGACUACGUAUGGGUGUCUUGUAAAGGCAAAUCGCCAGUUGAUGAAGAAAACGUUGGUUAUAUUCGGUAUAUCCCUGAAUACUUGCCUCCAGGGUUUCCAAUUAGACGGUUACAUACUGCUGACAAAACUGAGGCUAGUAGCUUGACUACUAACGAUGGAGGGCCGCUGGUUGCUGUGCUGUUUCAGAAUUUAACGCGUGGCGUGAUCAUCAAUGUGGAAUGUCGUAUUUGGACUCGAGACAUCGCCUACGAUGGUAUUAGCAACAUCGGUCGAACCACCUUCGAAUUAUUUGUAGACUAGUUUAAAGUUAUCCCUACAAGCCCCACUAUGCAUUAGAACUACAACUGACAUUUGAAAAAUCAUUCAAUCGUUUUAUUGGCCAACCAAAAAGGUAACGCUGCUA